GCCACAACAGAUCUGCGGAGCGUGCUGGCCGCUGUGACCCCCUUCGUCCUGUUGAGCCCCUACACAGCCUCUUGCCUCCCCAGCUUUCCAGCACCGCCCAGGCGAAGGUGUGGGAGUGCGACCAGAAAGGUUGCUUGAAUGGAGGGCGCCCUGGCCUGGGUGCUGCCACUGCCGCCGCUGCUGCUGCUGCUGCUGCUAUUGCAGGAUCCAGGCAGCCAAGGACAUUCGUGCAAUGUUACCUCGGAGGAUGUGAACUGGACGAGGGAGUUCAAUGCCGUGUGCCUAAAUUUCAGUGGUCAAGGUGUGAGGCUGCCCCGAGACCAGUCUCUGCGGGCCAGCAACCUUCUCCUUCUUGAUCUGUCUCGGAACAACCUGCGAGAGCUCCCACCGACCUUUUUUGCCCAACUGGAGAAGCUGCAGGUCCUAAAUGUGACAGACAAUUGGUUAGAUCGUGUGGAUGGGACCUUGGCUGCACGCUGUGGCCUUGACCUGAAGGCUGACUGCAGCUGCAUUCUGACGUCCUGGCAUGAGGUCUGGAGAGACAAUUGCUCUGGCCACCCACCGCUGCAGUGCCUGGACACAGCCACCCGUGCUUGGCACAACCUCUCCACCUUCCUGGAGGUCAGCUGUCCCCCUGGCUUGUCCCCACCAAUCAUUGGGGCAGUUGUAGCAGGUGCAUGUCUGUUUCUUGGAUUUGCCAUUGCUGGCCCAUUGCUGGCCUGGAGAUUUUGGAGACACAGGGUGGCCAGAAGGCAGGACCUGAGCAAAGCCUUGGCUGCUCAGGAUGAUCCCAGGCCCAGCUCUGGUGUGCAGCCACGGUACAGCAGUCGAGGCUACAGUCCCAAUUCCCAAGUGGCUGCCCCAUGCCGCCUCUCCACACCAGACUAUGAGAACAUGUUCGUGGGUCAGCCAGAUGCUCAAAACCAGUGGGAUGAACAUGGGGCUCAGCCUUCAGAGGACAAUGACUUCUACAUGAACUAUGAGGGUGUUGACCUGGCCUCCACACCUGUCUACUGCAACCUGCAGUCAUUAGGCCCCUCGCUGGAUGAAGAAGAGUAUGUGAUUCUUGGGCACUGAGCCUGUGAUGUCCCAAUGUCCACUUAGCCUCCUUCCAGUCCCCGCCUUGGGGCACACUAACUCUUCUCUGGCCUCAGUCUCCCUAUCUGAGGAAUGGGGACAGGAGAGGACCACCCUUGAGGUCCCAGAAGGCUCUACAGCCCUUUACAGUCCCCAAUCUGCUUCUCAGCACUCUCAGCUGCUAGAGGAAGAAGAGGAGAAACCCCCAACAAAGGGACAGGAGGGUCAGUGUGUGAACUUCACUGUUACCUUCCAGUUGGUGUGCAGGUGGUACUCAAUAAAUGCUUUGGGGCUGAUGUG